UGCAAUCGGUUGUUUUUUUUUUUUUUGAAGAAAUGAAAAUAAAAAAAUAAUGGUGGGAGUGUUACUAGAGUAGGAACCGUGCAGGAAGUGUGUUGUUACUAGGAGUAUAACAACUUCCCAGUUCUUUGUUACUCGGUAUAAAUUACAUCAUUCUCCAUCGCUUCUCCCUCAAUACCCUCAUCAUUCUCCAUCGCACUGUGAAAAACAAUGAGAAGUCUAAUUGAUUCAUCUGUGAUGUUGAUCCAGUGCAUCAUCGCAUGGAUUUCACAUCUUUUGUGUUUCCUUCUUUGCCUAAACAAAGGAUUUGGCCCCUUCCCAGAUGAUAUCUUAAUUAAUAUUUUGAGCAGACUUCCUGCUGACGCUAUUCUGCAAUGUCGCAAAGUGUGCAGACACUGGAGGUCUCUAACUUCGUCGACUGAUUUCAUCACGCUGCAAAACCAUAGAGCUCCCUCCGUCAUUCUUCUUGUCAAACCUAGACCCUCUACUUCCCUUGAAAAGAGAGGCGGAGAUUUUUAUGUUUAUGAUGCACUUGCCAAAAAACUGAGAAAGAUUUCUUUCGAGUCCAAUCUUCGCUUUGAGGGCCGCGCCAAACAGUUCGAUUCGAUUUGUUUAUACGGUGCUUGUGGUCCCUUACUUCAUUAUAAGGCUUCAGGGUACUACCAUUGGUCCUGGGGGAGACACGACUUUGCUUUCAACCUCUUCACCCGACAACUAGGAGCUAUGAAAGCGAGCACAAACCAGGCUGUGUGUGGCCUAUUCUUUAAUGAGGCGAGAAAUGAAUACAACUACAUAUGCGCACUUUGGCACACUAAUGUGGGUUGUCAGUUUUGUGUGUACAGUUUGGAUUCCCGCACUGAUGUGGAAAUCGCCUGUAGCCCUCUCUUUUACAGGAAAUAUGCUGUGAAAUACCCAGCAGUUACUGCGAACGGAGCUCUAUAUAUGAUUGUGUAUCCCAUUGAGAAGGACAAAGAUGAUUGCAUGCACGCCAUACUCGCGUUUGAGAUGGAUUCUGGAAAAUUCAACAUUCUGCCACAUCCAGAAUUUGGAUGCCCCCCUAUGAAACAUCAUCAUUUGUCCAUGUAUGUGUUUGCUCAUGAUGGCCAUUUGUGUAUCUCCCAUAAUGACAUGGUGUUGGGGCGACUAGACAUAUGGGUUUUGGAGGAUUAUGCAAACUGGUAUUGGGUCCCAUUGUCUUCUACGAUAAGUCUCCCCAUCCCGGAAGGCUCUAAGAAGGACCCUCGUUUCGUGAUCCAGAGCGUGCGAAGGGAUGAGUUGCUAGUAUUAUGGGAUCCAUAUUUAUUUCUUGUCAACUUGAAGGAGGGCAGCGUUGAAGAAAUCAAAGUGCCACACAAAGGUUCUCGUGAUUUAAUUGCUUACAAAUUAAUUGCUUACAAGAGUACGCUCGCAGCUCCACCUCUAGUUUGGGACGAAAGCAUACCUCCGCUCUUCCGUCUCUAAGAUAUUAUUGCACAAUGAAUAAAUUAGCUGGGAAAGGAUUUUCAGAUUUAUAUUGAAUUAUGAGUAGUAUAGUAUAAUAACUCAUUUCGUUUUUU